UACUUGGUAAAAGUAUCAGUAAACUCAGUACUCCGUAAAAGUAUUUGGGUGUAUUCAGGCGUGAGAGCAUCGCCUGGGGCCAUUCACUCCUUCAACUAAGGAAAAACUUCACAAAUAGCUCAUGUUCAUCUGUGCACGAGCAUAAUACGGAAAACCAUGAACAAGGGACAUGCGUUUGGGUGCGUCCUUAUGCUGUUGGCACUGUUCACUUUCAGUGAUGCAGCAAGUCAAACUGUCAACCAGGAGCUUUCCAAUAUUUUCAAUGUGCUUUGGAAGUUAGAUGUGAAUCGCCUGAAGGCUGGAACUGACUACAAAAUCUCACUACAGGGCAAGGCUGGUUACAUACCCCAAGGAAGCAUAAGUGCGAUAGAUCAUGCUUCAUCCCCUCUGUUCUCCCGUGUUGAUGAGACUAAACUGAACUCGGUCAACACCUAUGCACGCUUCAUGAAGCUUUUGGAUAACUAUGAGCGAUCCACUGGUGUGGCAGAGAGGGUGACUGCUGAGGAGGUGACAGAAAAUAACUCUUUUCUGGAUGCUAUCUUAGAGACAGCAGUCAUGAAGCGUGCACACAGGUACCUAGUUGAAAAGGGAAAAUCACGCUCCGAUCUGAGACAAUUUAAGAGUCAGUUGUACUACAUGUGGUUCCGCCUCUACCAUAGAGACAGGAAUGGAGGGGAGGACUCCAGUGGAUUUGAGCAUGUGUUUGUUGGGGAAACUAAGUUUGGCAGAGAAAUCAUGGGUCUUCACAACUGGGUCCAGUUUUACCUGCAGGAGAAGCAGGAUCUUCUUGAUUACAAGGGCUACAAAGCCAAAGCCAAUGACCUGCCUGAUGAUGAUGAUCAUGUCUUGAAUGUGCAGUUCAGCUGGCAUGGUUUGGUCAAGCCAGUUGCAAGUGCCUUUAUUGGUGUGAGCCCUGAGUUUGAGAUGGCCAUCUUUACCAUCCUGUUCCUCACGUCCACUGAGAAGACCACCAUAGCCGUGGUCAACCUGGAUGAGUACCAGCUGGAGAUGGUGGUUCAUAGACAUGGUCGCUCUAUUGGGACCGCCUAUCCCAAAUUGCUGAGCACCAACAACAGGCACCUAUAGAUCCACAUCAUAGCUGCUUUUAAUUAUGUUUUUUAUUUUUGAUAAUUUUUAAGAUGUGUUGUAAUUUGUAAUAGUAGACAUUGCUAAAUAUUGGGAGAAAUCGAAAUUUUAGAAGUUUGGAUUUACUUUGUUACAAUUAGCUAAUAACAUGUUAACAAGCCGUACUCAUUUCAAUAUCCCAAGCAUGUACACUGAGAUUUAAAAGCCAUGCAAAUUGAACAUUUUCACAAGAACUGCAUUUCAUAUUAUAGUCAUUUUCUGUAUGUUUUUAUGUCUUUUUAUAUUUUGAUAAAAAACGUUGUUAUAUCUAGUUGACUACGGAAAAAGGAGAUUUAACAUUAAAGAGGUUUUAAUCCAC